AUGUACUUUCAUAUUAUUUUGUUAUUAUUAGGUGCUCUGUGUAAUAAAUUGUCGAUUAGUGAAAGGUUACAUGAGCAGAUCUAUUCUUCAAUAGAAGGUGGUGCAGCAUGUUUUAGAAGACUUAAUGGUUCUCAUCAAGCAGGCUGUUCGUCUGCUAAUAAUGGUGCAGUCGGUGUAGUGCAUUUUGUUAUUGAUCAAACUGAUGCAAAUUGGUUAGUGAACAAUGCCAGUGCAGGACCAUACAUGGCCAUUGUCAGUACAAUGAUGUUCAAUCAGGUCAUAGAUACAUUUCUGAAGCAGCCUGGAAAUAUUGCUGGAGUAUUGUUAUUUCACAAUUCCAGUUUAGGCAUCUUUGCUUUUUCUCAAGAUUCAAAAUGUCCAAAUGAAUAUUUCUCUGGCCCUGGCAGCACAUGUUCUUCGACUGAAUCCAGUGCCUCUGUAUGGAAUGAGAGGGGCAGUAAUUUAAUGAGACAGGAUAUUCCAUUUCCCAUAUUCUUUUUACCGGAAUCACGGUUAGAUGAAAUAAAAAAAAUAGAAGAAUGCUUUCAAAGGUUUAACCGAGACAUAGAUAAUCAAAAUGGAAGACCUUUAUGUUCAGUCCAGAUGCAUUCCUUCAUGUUUGCAGCAGUAGACAGCACAGUAUGUAUGAGAAGAUCCGCCAGCUCUGCUCUGAUCACUUCUGCCAAAGUUUGUGAUCCUUUGGGAGACCAUAAUGUUUACUAUUCACUGCUACCUCUGAGCAAGGAUACGAAAAAGCAAGUGGUCAUGGUCACUGCUAGAAUAGACUCAGCAUCUCUAUUUGAUGGUAUGUCGCCGGGUGCGGCGAGUUCGGCAGUGGGGAUGGUGACUCUUAUUACUGCAGCAGCUACUCUCUCACAGAUGAUACCCGCUGGAAAGACUUACGAUAAAAAUGUUCUUUGGACGCUAUUCAAUGGCGAAACUUUUGACUAUAUUGGCUCACAGAAGGUCGCUUAUGAUAUGAGACACGGGGAAUGGCCUUCAGUUGCGCCUCUUGGAUUUGAUGACGUUGUUUUGUACCUAGAGCUCGGGCAAAUAGGUGGGUCGCUCUUGACGCAUAUGGAAGAUGACGAUUGGCCAUUGAAUAUAUUCGCUCCUAUCGGAGCUAAUAAUCUAGAUGUGGUUUCGGACAUAGUCAACGAUAUGAAUGUAAAUCUGAAGCUCUUUAACAUGAGCCUACAACUUACCUCAACGCAUAAUCUGCCUCCUUCGUCCCUUCACUCUUUCAGACGAACCUUACAGGAUAUUCAGGAAGAAAAAUAUGGGAAGAAUCAUUCAUUGGCUGAUGUUAAUUUGGAUAAUGUGAUGCCCCAAAUGGUGUUGGUAGACCACAACGAUCAUUAUACCAACAUGUACUAUAAUUCUGCAUUGGAUGAAUAUUCUAAGAUUGGUUUUGAUUAUCAUAAUAUAAGUAUAGGAAAUGAUGGCACUUUCAUUUCAACAAAAGAUCUCAUCGCAAAUGGUACUAUGAAGAGAACGGAUUCUCAAGUAAAGAUAUCUCGGCUCGCGACUGCAGUGGCUCGUACAUUGUAUAAAAGAGUAGUGGGUGAAUCGUAUACUGGCAAUGUUACAGCUUCUGCUCAUUUGGUAGACGAAAUGCUAUACUGCUUCUUAAAGAGCCAAGCGUGCAGGUUGCUAUUGGCUGCUGAUUACGCAAAAAGUGGUAGUGGUGAAGAAAACUUGCCAGAGAAACCUGCACCUUUAUAUGUGGGUGUGGCUGCGUGGCCUGGUACCGCACCAGUGUUUGCUGGACAUCUACUGGCAUUGCUUACUGGAACGCAUCUCAAAGCCAAUCGGACGCAGUGCGAGGCGAUGGAUAAAGUCCAAUACUCGUAUUAUUGGCUAAGGGGUUGGAAUCACAGCGGCGUUUGCAUCCAGACUACGAUGAAUUUCAGUCAGGCCAUCAGUCCCGCGUUUACAAUAUCAAAUUACGAUUUCACAUCCGGCGAGUUCUCCACUUGGACCGAGUCCGUGUGGCGUGAGUUAUGGGUGCGCGUGUUCGUUUCGGCGGGUGGGGGAGGGGCGCGGGCGGCGGGCAUAGCGGGCGCGCUGGUCACAGUAAUGGCCGCCGUCGUCACGUACUGGCUGCGUACUAGAGCGAGAUAUAUAUUUGUUGAUACGCCCACCGGUUCGUUGGUGUCAGGAGACGCGGCUACUGGGAUACUGAGGACGGUGAACUGUUGA